AUGGCUCGCAAGUUCUUUGUCGGCGGCAACUUCAAGAUGAACGGGUCCAUCUCGUCCAUCAAGGAGAUUGUCAACAACCUCAACAAGGCGGUGCUCGAUGCUGAAGUCGAGAUUGUCGUCGCCCCUCCCGCUCUCUACCUCCUCCUUGUUCGCGAGCACCUCCGCUCCGGGAUCGAGGUGGCGGCGCAGAACGUCUACGACAAGCCCAACGGCGCCUUUACCGGCGAGAUUUCCGUCUCGCAGCUCAAGGACAGCAACAUCACCUGGACCAUCCUCGGCCACUCAGAGCGCCGCACCAUCCUCAACGAGACGGACGAGGUUGUCGCCUCCAAGAGCAAAUACGCGACAGAGAACGGCCUCGGCGUCAUCUGGUGCUGCGGCGAGAGCCUCGAGGAGCGCGAGGCCGGCAAGACCAUUGCCGUCGUCAGCAAGCAGCUCGAGGCCCUCAAGGCCCAGGUCUCCGACUGGUCCAGGAUUGUCAUUGCCUACGAGCCCAUCUGGGCCAUUGGCACUGGCAAGGUUGCUACCACUCAGCAGGCCCAGGAUGUGCACAAGGCCAUCCGCGACUGGCUGAGGGGGGUCAGCGACAAGGUCGCCGACGAGACGCGCAUCUUGUACGGCGGCAGCGUCAACGAGAAGAACUGCGGCGAGCUAAGCAAGCAGCCCGACAUUGACGGCUUCCUCGUUGGCGGCGCUUCUCUCAAGCCUGCGUUCGUCGACAUCAUCAAUUGCCGAAAAGAGUAA